AUGGUGUGUAAAAAAUGCAUUAUUUAUUUCGUUUUCUGUAAUUAUUGGUUUUAAAGUGCUGCCAACAUUAUUAUGACGUGCGGAUUGGUCCCUCAUAUCUGUCCCGGAAAUGGUAUGGUGAUUGGGCGGCUUGUCCAUACCCCAGUCCCGCGUACGGGGAUGGGGACGGGUAGGGAAUGGGGAAGACUAACACUAUGGCCGUCAGGGACGAGGACGCGCAGACACUCAACCCCACACUGCAGCCCGCGACGGUCGCCGCGCGGGACCUCUGCCAGCAAGAGAGACGGGAUCCUUGCCUCACUGGCCUUACAACAGAACAGUUCAAGUGAAUAUUCAGUACGGAAGCAUAAGACGUCCUCAUGGGGGUCCUUCUGGUGUUCCUCGUCGUAGUGGGGUCCCUGGUUACUGCCUCCGCCACUACCUCUCCUCCGCCUCCCCUGGAGUCCAUAGCCCCGUGCCCUCCCAACGGCCACUCCCUCCUUUCCAUCCUCCUUCAAGGGCUGGGCUACAGCGAUGCCUGUGUGGCCACUGCCUUGGACACCUGUGCCACUUCCCAGCCGGAGAGCCAGCUGAUCACCCUCAUGAAGGAGAUAAGAGACUCGGUGCGGGAAGUGGCUCAAGCCGUCAACAAAAGGCAGAAUCAGCCGCGACACUGCAGGGACGUCCUGGAGGCCGGGGAUGGACAGAGCGGCGAGCGCGUGAUCUACCCUUACCCUGGACAGCCAGAUCGCCGCCUCAAUGUGUACUGCGACCAGACCACGGACGGCGGCGGGUGGACGGUGGUACAGAGACGCACAAAUUCUACCGUCCGAGAAGACUUCUACAGAACCUGGAGUGAAUAUCAACUGGGAUUCGGCAAUAUUAAUACAGAGUUUUGGCUGGGCCUUGACCAUCUGCACGCUCUGACCUCCACAGACCUACAGGAACUACGGAUCGAUCUUAUAGACUGGGAGGGAGGUCAUCGGUAUGCCAAGUACGGCUUCUUUAAGGUCGCGGACCCAGGAACAAAGUAUCGUCUCAAUGUUGGGAGGUACAGCGGUGACGCAGGGGACGGCCUGGGGGAAGGCGGCCACCCGGGUUCCAAAUUCUCAACCCAUGACUCUGACAAUGACUCCGACGGGACGAACUGCGCCCAAAGGUUUCGUGGCGCCUGGUGGUACAACGUUUGCCAUGUAUCGAACCUGAACGGCUACCAGUAUGUAGGCAACCACACCUCCUACGCCGACGGCAUCGACUGGAGGCCGUGGCGGGGCUACCACUACUCGCUGCGGCACACCACCAUGAUGAUCCGUACCAUCCGAAAGGCUGAUUGGCAAAUAGUAUCAGAUGCGGAUGUGUACCGGACUCGUUUGGCCGAGAACUGUGAGCAGUACACGACAGAGCCCCCUCUGACUGGGUUGCAGAUGGCGGCUGCUCAUCCACCAACAGCCGAAGCUCAUCCCUGUCUUGCUGAGAAAACGAAGAAUCGGUCGCGUCACUGCAAAGAUUUACUGGAUGCCGGGGAUAAACACAACGGCGUGCGCAUGAUCUACCCCAAUCCUGAACAGCCAGAUCGCUACCUCAUGGUGUAUUGUGAUCAGACCACGGACGGCGGUGGAUGGACGGUCUUCCAGCGACGCACAAAUUCUUCCUGCAGCCGCGAAAACUUUAGCCGCUCCUGGGGGGAAUACAAAAUGGGAUUCGGGAACAUCGGAGGGGAGUUUUGGCUGGGCCUUGACGCUCUGCACUUACUGACCUCCGCAGCCAAACAAGAGCUGCGGAUCGACCUUGCAGACUGGGAAGGAGAUCAUCGAUAUGCCAAGUACGGUUGCUUCCACGUCUACGGACCGGAAAAGUAUCGUGUCAAAUUUGGAAGUCACCGCGGGGGCUGGUGGUACUCGUCGUGUCAUUACUACUCCAGCCUCAACGGCUAUCAGUACAAGGGCAAGACCAUCACCAAGGGUGACGGCAUCAACUGGGAACACUGGAGGGGCUUCCACUAUUCCCUCCGGGACUCAGCCAUGAUGAUCCGGCCCCUGCCGUAUCGUGGGUCGUCGCGACGCCCCUGCCAUGACUGAUGUAGACUUUCUGGUUGACCAUUAGAAAUUAUUUGAUCCGCCUGCUGCUGAGUUGUCAUCUAUAACUAGGCACGUCUG